AGUUUUCGUUGAGCCGCCGCGACCUAUGGACAACCUUCGAGUGCUGCUCCUGCUCUUCCUGAUCGUCCCGGCCCCUUCCAGCAGCCGGCCGAGCCGAGGGAUGCAACUGCAGUCCCACUACCUGCGCGCCGUGGCCGCCUACCGUCGCCUGGAGCGGACUCUGCCGCGGGAGGAGCUGAGGGCCCUCACAGGCAUUGGCCUGCUGAACGGAGCUCGCCAGGCUGAGCAGCUAAUGGAGGAGCAGCUGGUGGUGGCCAUCAAGGAGCUGCUGCUGCAGACGGACAUGCAGCAGAGCGACCGGGUGCUGCCCAAGAUCGAUGCCAUCGAGCAGCAGCUGACGAGGGACCAGCGGGCCCUGGACAUCCUGAGCAGCGCCCUGGAUGUGCUCUCCAACACCAAGGACGAUCACGAGUUCCGCCUGGAGCUGCGCGAGCUGGCCGCCCAGCAAAUGGAGGAUGAGCUGCUGCAGCAGGAGCUCUCGGCGGACAUCACCCAGCAGCCGGAGCUGGGGGAGCGGCUGGGCCAGCUGCGCAGGCAGAUCCUCAAGCAGGUGCCCCAAAUGAAGGUCGAGCUGGAUGCGAAGAUCGAGAAGGCGCUGAGGCAUCUUCUAGAGCAGGCCUCCGAUGACGGGGUGCUGGCCAAGGCCAUCCACAAGCAGAAGGUCGUCCACAAGCGAGCUGCUGUCCACGAUGACGAUGAGGAGGAGCGACAAUAUCCCAGGGAAAUGCGCAUCAUCAAGUCCAUUCUGACAGAGGCCAAUCAUUUGCGCUUCCAGGAUGACUUCCGGGAGAAUCUGGUGGAACAGCAGCCAGAGAGACGCAUCAGGCAGCAGGAAAAGGAACUGGGGGAGCAGGACCAGGACCAAGAUCAGGACCAGGAUCAGGAGACCACCGACUCGGAGCUGGACGAUCUGCAAGACGACGCGGAGGAGCUUGAUUUGAAAUCCCGAAAUGUUACAGCCAAGGGGAGAACCAGGCCAAAAGCAAAAUCCAAACCCAAACCCAAACCAAAACCAAAGCCCAAUCCGAAGGCCAAACAGGAGGUGGACCCUGGCUCCACCGAGCUGAUGAAAGAGGGAGGAGAUGGUGAUGGCGAUGAUGAUGAUGACCUUGGAGACAUUGGAGAAGGUGGAGCAGGUGGUGGCGGCGCCGGCGGCGGCGGAGGUCUGGUCGGAAUUAUUGGGAGUCUAAGCGGCGGAGAAGGCGGCUCGGACGUGGGCGCCUUGAUUGGAGCUCUCACUGGCGUCGUUUCCACUUUAUUUGGGCCUGGUGGCCUGGACAUUGAGACUCUGAUCAGCACCUCCACCUCGCUGCUGUCGGGUCUGCUGUCCGGCAACAAGAAUUUCGGCACUGUCCUGGGACAAUAUGUGGGCACCGCCUUCGACGGUCUCUCUGGCGGAGGUGGAGCGGACCCAGAGGAAGAAGGACCACCGCAGCCUCUGACCUUCGCCAAGAGCCUGCUCUCCAGCUUCCUGGAGGCAAAGUUUCGUCCCGCCGAGGCUUCUGAAGAACGCCACGACAGCGCGGAGCUGCCAAGGCCCCGGAAAAAGAAGGAGGGUGCCGCGGGAGGCUUCGAUUCAGGGGGCUUUGUCAAGCAGGUGGCCUCCCACCUGGUCAGCAGUGCCCUGGGCCUGCUGCUUAACGCCGCCCUGGGUGCCUCGGGUGGGGCCUCGACGGCUUCCAAGGGCAUCUUCUCGAGCAGCAGCAGCAGCAGCCACAGCAGCAGCAGCGGUGGUGGAGCUGGCGGAGGAGGGGGCCACCACUGGAAGCCGUCGGCCAGCGAACGAUCCUGGGCCUACGCCUACGACGAGCCAUUCUAGCUAGGUUUUUGUAACCGUAUUGUAUACGUAUUUUACCGAG